CGUAGCUUCCGACAUCCUCGUGACGAGAUAAUUAAAUUCCCAACGGCUAAUUAAAUGAAAGAGACCGGACACCAACUUCAUGCUAAUCAGGCCCAAAACAGGCCCAAUUGUCGGUUACCCCCAACCUCUACAAACUUAAAACUUAUUGAGUUAUUUCCUACAAUUCUCACAUCAAUGGAAGCACUUUGGAAUUUAGAAGAUAAGUGGAAGCUUUCAACACAAGAAGCUACAAUCUUCUUUUCCGGGACCGCUUUUCUAGUCGUCGUAGUUAUCGGGCUUUGUGUCGCCACGACGUAUAGGAAGAGAUAUACAAAAAAAGUUCAAGACCGUGGCGGUGUGGUUGAGCAAAAAGGGUCACCGGGUCAAUGGGUUAGGGUGAAGAAGGGGUUGGUCGGGUCGGUUCAAUGGAGCAAAGGUAGUAAAUGGGAUGGGAAUUUGAGUGCAAGCCGGAAAGAACAGCCCACACCGUUGCUUGCUAGAGGUGGGGGUGAGGUGGGGUGGCCGAGCCAUAAUGCAGCUUCUCCGGUGUGGCAGCGGCCCAUAUUAAUGGGGGAGAAAUGCGAGUUUCCGCGGUUUAGUGGGCUCAUUCUAUAUGAUGAAAGAGGGAAGCCAUUAGAUCAGGGCAACUCUGCUGAUGUCCAGGAACAGGAACAAGUACAACCCACUGUAAGAGCUACUUUGAGAGAUCUUCUGUAGUUCAUUAUCAUUUUUCGUUCUUGUUGGUAUCAAAAUACGAAUGUAAUUAGUCGCAUAUUUUCUUUAAAUCUUGUAAAACUUCAUGAAGUAAGACCAAGAGCUCGAUAACGAUUUUUCUUUUGGCAAA